GCUCGUGUGUUCCAAAAAAAAGACAAAGAUCAGGAAGGAAAAAUGAGGACAUCUGCCGGUGGUGCUACUCAUCUGGUGGUUGGUCUUGCCCUGGUUUUGUUCGGUGGUGCGAGUCUUGGAUGCGGGGAUGAUAAUGUUCUUCUCGAAGAGAAGUUCCACACCCACGAAAAACGCAUCUAUUCCGGCGCCAAUGUGGCCCCGGAAGAACUGACAGCCGAUUAUUGGAACUCUCAAGCCCAGGAAACCCUAAAGGCCAGAUUGGGCGUCAAACACAACACCAACAGGGCCAAAAAUGUAAUCAUGUUCUUGGGAGACGGUAUGUCCAUACCCACAUUGACAGCCACCAGAAUGGUCCUUGGAGGCGAAAAAGAAAAGCUGAGCUUUGAGACGUUUCCUUACACCGGAUUAUCGAAGACUUAUUGUGUAGAUGCCCAAACUGCUGAUAGUGCCUGUAGUGCUACUGCCUAUUUGUGUGGUGUCAAGACUAAUGAUGGGACUAUUGGUGUUACUGCCAAUGUGAAACGUGAUGAUUGUGAAGCCAUGGCUGAUGAGAAAAAUCAUGUGAAAUCUAUUGCACAUUGGGCACAGAAGGCUGGAAAAGCAGCAGGUUUCGUAACCACAACUCGGGUCACCCACGCCUCACCUGCUGGAACUUACGCCAACACCGCCGAUCGCGACUGGGAAUGCGAUGCAGACAUCGUCAAAGACGGGGAAGACCCUAAAAUUUGCCCAGACAUUGCCGAACAACUCAUCAACCACGAACCGGGAAAACACUUUAAGGUUAUUAUGGGCGGUGGUCGUUCCUAUUUCCGCCCCAAAGACGCCUCUGACGAAGAAGAUGGCGAGAAUUUCCGCCUAGAUGGACGCGAUUUGAUCGAACAAUGGAAAUUAGAUAAAUGGACUUUGGGUAACUUUUCUUAUGUCUGGAACAAAAAGCAACUUGAUGAAGUCGAUGGCCAUAACACGGAUUAUUUACUCGGUUUGUUCGAACCUGAUCAUUGCAAGUAUCAUUUGGAUAUUGUUCACGACGACGAAGAAGAUAUGGAGCCUAGUUUGUCUGAUAUGGUUGAUAAGGCUAUUGAUGUUCUUGGGAGAGAUGAGAAUGGAUUUUUCUUGUUUGUUGAAGGCGGCAAAAUUGACAAAGCUCACCACAAAACCGAACCAAGAAAAGCGUUAGACGAAACCGUUGAAUUCUCCAAAGCCGUACUAACAGCCCUCUCCAAAACCAGCACCGAAGACACUCUGAUAGUAGUCACUGCCGACCAUGCACACACCAUGUCUAUGGCAGGGUACCCUGAUCGUGGUAACGACAUAUUCGGCGUUUCCCUAGACAAGGCCGAAGACGACCUCCCAAUGGCAACCCUGACCUACGCCAAUGGUCCGGGUUACAAGAAACACGUUCACAAGUCCGGAGGACGCAAAAACUAUUUAGAGGCCGUCGAUAUAAACGAUCGCGAUUUCAAGUCUCCCAGUGUUGCACCUUUGUCGAAGGAGACCCAUGGUGCCGAUGAUGUGGCCGUUUUCGCAGUUGGCCCUUGGGCCCAUCUGUUUACAGGGAAUUAUGAACAGAAUGUGAUACCGCAUUUGAUGGCCUAUGCUGCUUGUGUUGGAGAAGGGGCUAAGAUGUGCGAUAGUGGGAAGGUACAGCCUUAUUGAGGAGGAGGAUAUAUUCGACAUAAUUUUUUUUACACAAAUCGGAAUGUCUUUAUAUUUAUA